ACAAAGUGAACCCCCUCUACUUUGAAGUGUGGUUGGUCUUCAUUUUGUUAUCAUUAAGUUCUUGCAAAUCAAGAAAAGAAGAAGAAGAAGGAAAUGGCAUCCAUUUCUGCUUCCAUUUCUACUGCCUCACCAUCUUUCUCUUUGUUGCAAAAGUCUUCUGUUACUACCCAUGGUUCACCAAUUCUUGGGUUACCAUCAAUGAGCAAAAUGGGCAAAGUGAGGUGCUCUAUGGAAGGUAAGCCCGCUGUCACAUCCGAGGAUGUGGCACCAAAGAUGAGGAUGGGUGCACCCUCAUUGAUGGCUGCAGCAAUGGCUGCAACCAUGUCGAGCCCAGCCGCCAUGGCUCUAGUCGACGAGAGAAUGAGCACAGAAGGAACUGGGCUACCAUUUGGUCUAAGCAACAACCUUCUCGGAUGGAUCCUUUUUGGUGUCUUUGGUUUGAUCUGGACCCUUUACUUUGUCUACGUUGGUGGCCUUGAAGAGGAUGAGGAGUCCGGUUUAUCACUUUAAAUUUUCGUAUGUAAAAAGACAAUGUGACAAUUGUGAUGGACUUAUGUGUAAUAUUAUUCAUGUAUCAUUUGUACUUUGAUUCUGGAGUAUCUGUAUUAUGAGAAUUGCACUUUUGUCCCUCUAGAAUUGAAUCUUGACAUAUUUCCUGCAA